AUGGGAGAGAACAUUAGGGCAUCUGAAUUCUACCAAGAAGGAGACUUUAUGAUUGGAGGACUUUUUAACAUCCAUGCGGAAUAUCAGCCACAAUACCAUAAUACACCAGAAGUCCUGCAGUGCUCUGAUAAAACCUUUUAUGUGUCGAGUUACCGGCGGUUCCAGAUGAUGAGAUUUACCGUUGAUGAGAUCAAUAACUCAAGCCACCUCCUGCCCGGGGUUACUCUGGGCUAUAACAUCAUGGACCACUGCUCGGACACACAGAACUUUCCAGGUGUUUUCAGGAUUCUCUCAGGCAAAGACUCCAUUCACCCCUGGAUCAUAGAAUGGCACGACUCCAAAGUCACCGCAGUGGUCGGCCCCUUCACGAGCCCUGAAUCCAAAACGGUGGCUCCAAUGUUUAUGGCACAUUUUGUUCCCAUGAUCAGUUAUGGAGCGGCCAGUACAAUAUUCUCACAAAACGAAAUAUACCCCUCUUUUCUCCGCACUGUUCAUUCCAAUAAGGACAUGGUGGAAGUUAUAAUCCACAUGUUGCUGUACUUCAGAUGGCACUGGGUGGCCAUCCUCAACGUUGACAACGAUUAUGGCAAUGAUGGUUACACUGUGUUCGCAAAGAUGAUUCAGGACACCGACAUCUGUUUGGCCUACAGCAAAAAACUGGAUGGAAACACAAAUUACACCACAGUUUUUGAGAAGCUACAGACUCUGAGGAUACAAGUCAUCAUAGUUUUUGCCAUUGAAUGGACAGCUGAACAACUUAUCCCAUCCGCCAUACAAAUGAAUGUCACCAACAAGACCUGGAUAGCGGUUGAUGCUUGGGCAUUAAAUAAAAAACUUCCCAAAAUGCCAGGUAUCAGAAAUAUUGGGACAGUAAUUGGGAUUGCAGAGCCUGACAUAUCCAUACCUGGUUUUGAUGAAUUCAUAAGCUAUUUGCAAAAUGAAAAUCAACCUGGGGAGUUUUGUAACCAGUUUUGCAACUGCAGUGACUUGAGUCCAGUUGGCAUUUUGAGUGCCGAGAACUCUUUCAAUUUACAGGUAUAUUUGGCAGUGUACGGCAUAGCCCAAGCCCUACACAAAAUACUACAGUGUGGAGAUGAAAAGUGCAACAAAAACAUUUCCAUCUAUCCAUAUAUGGUCCUGCAUGAGCUGAAGAGGUCAAAGUUCACUCUCUUGAACCAUACCAUUGAGUUUGACAAAAACGGCGACCUGAUGUCUGGAUACUUUGAUAUCAUCACUUGGAACAGCAGCGGAGAGGCAGAGAGAGUCGGAGUCUACACUUUUGAGUCUGCACCCCGUUUUUUCAUUAAUCAAUCCAAAAUACAAUGGCACAACAAUGGACAAGUUCCCUCAUCUCUGUGCUCGCCCGAGUGUCUGCCCGGAUAUCGGAAGAAUCUGGAGGGAAGUCACAAGUGCUGUUUUAAAUGUGUCAAAUGCCAAAAAGACGAAUACAUCAACAUUUCAGUGAACCCAUAUGCAUGUGUGGCUUGUGGAAAGAAUGAGUGGUCACUUGAGGGUAGUACCUCAUGUAACCUUCGCUCAGUGGAACUCAUCUCGUUUGACGAUCCUGUUACCAUAGUGAUCAUAUCAGGAACAGUGAUUUUCGUGGCCCUCUCUCUCCUGACCGCUGUGCUCUUUGGCCUGAACUACAACACUCCAGUGGUGAGAUCUGCUGGGGGACCCAUGUGCUUCCUGAUUCUCGGCUGCCUCAGUAUGUGCAGCAUCAGUGUCUACUUCUACUUUGGUACACCCACUCCUGCCUCUUGCAUACUGAGAUAUUUACCAUUUCAGCUGUUCUACACUGUUUGCCUGGCCUGUUUUGUCGUGCGCUCCUUUCAAAUUGUCUUCAUCUUUAAAAUUGUGAGUCAAUACCCCUCAAUGCACAGACUAUGGAUAAAAUAUCAUGGACAGUGGUUGGUGGUUGUGGCCGUAUUUAUGUUACAGGGAACUUUGCUUCUCAUUAUGUACAUUUCUGCACCUCCUCAACCUCAAAAUGACACACAUUGGUACAUAGACAAAAUAAUUCUUAGCUGUGGCAUUGAUCUCAACAUAUACAGUGCCUCUUUUGCAUUGCUUUUGCUGCUAUGCUUUCUUUGUUUUGUCUUCUCAUACAUGGGAAAAGACCUCCCCAAGAACUACAACGAAGCCAAGGCCAUUACGUUUUGCCUGUUUCUGUUGAUUCUGACUUGGGUCUUAUUCGCCACCAUCUUCAUGUUGUACAGGGGGAAACACAUUCAGACAGUAAACGCAUUGGCGAUACUCUCAUCUCUCUACGCUUUCCUCUUGUGGUAUUUCUGUCCAAAAAGUUACAUAAUACUUUUUCAACCGCAGAAAAACACACAGCAGCACUUUCAGGGGCUCAUUAAAACAUAUAACCAGGCAAACAAGUAG